AUCCUAAUGUGUCACAUUCCUUUGAUGACGCGGAACCGGUCGUCGCGCGCGUAGCGCUAGCGUGAAUAAUCGGACGUCCCGCAAUGGCUGCAAUGCUAGGAUGAAGACGCCGGUCGUGCAAUCGACAGGAAACUCGAUCUGUCCUCGCCUCCCGUGAAAUGGAAACAAAUAUAUGUAUUGUAGAUCUGUCGAGCUCAGAACCAGCAGUCAGCAACAGUGAAAAAGUGUACUUACGAGGCCGGAGGACUGCACUGAUCGGUUGCCGUAGGAAUCCUUGCCGGAAGAGAUGGACAAACUCGUUCGAAAACCAGGAAUCCCGCAGAAAAUCCUAGGAGGGUCUCUGGCGGGAGAGUUAGAAUAUGUGGACAGUCUUAGACCGGCGAAGAGAAGCGACGUUACGGUCGGACGGCAGCCGCCGGGACCUGGCGAGCAGCAGUCGGGAAAGUUGCGAAUAUCGCAGAAUAUCGCCGUCAGCUGCGUAUCCGCGUCGCUGGCGCACGUCCCGCAUCACCCGCUCUACACACUGAAGACUCAGAUGAUGUUCCACGGAAAACGAUUCAGGCUAAGAAACUUUCUUACCAUGGCGUGGGAGAGCAGAGGCACCUUCCUAAUGCGAGGUGUCAUGGUACGAUCCAUUGGAAUCGCUCCAGAAAAGGCUCUCAAAAUGGUGGCCUGGGACGGAGGAAUGUACUUUGCCAACUAUGCAUACCCUCAGUGCCCGAAGGGUCUCCAGUGGGCAUUUGGAGGAGCCCUAGCAGGAGCUGCAACAACCAUCAUAGGUUGUCCUUCUGAGCGCACCAUGGUUCUGGCACAAGUCAGGGGAGAGACUUUCUGGGAGAUUGUGCGAUCCAGGGGAGUGAGAGCGCUCUACAAUGGAGCCAUGGCAACGCUCUACCGAGACAUUUCCUUCAACUGUUGCCUCUUUGUUACAAGGGCAUUCGUAAUGAAGAAAUACGAGGAUAGAACCGGCGCAGAGCCCGGACCUUAUAGGAAGAUUUGGUACGGGUUGCCUUCUUCGAUAUUGGCCGGGGUUGUUGCGUGUCCUUUUGAUGUAGUGAAGACACGGAUCCAAGGAGUCACAGAAGGAGGUAUGUUUCACAAAUGUGAUUGCUAGAGCCCCUGCUCUAACGAUCUAUUAUCUGUUCUUUUGAUACCUCUAGGGGAAGUAAGACCACUGCUUCGUAUGUACCAGAUAGCCAGAACGGAAGGGAUACGUCAGCUUUACAAAGGACUCUUACCACGCCUCAUCGCCGUCCCGUUGUACAUGUCAGUAUUCAUCACAGUCAAUGAAGAACUUCAGAAGUACAUUCUUGGUAGACGGAUUGUCUCAUAACAGCUGUUGGUUAUACAACACUAUCAUCCGCUGAUCAGUUUGCCAAUCUAGAUUGGCAUCUUCUCAUUCUCGUUGUGUGUGUUUUUGUGUGUUUCAGAUGGUAUAUUAAUCCCACCUUGUUUAUUCAUAAAAAAUUUUUGAUUCCUCCAAAGCAUAGUUUCACACACACACUCACACACACACACACAC